GCCACCGUCAUGUCUACCACCCUUGACCUCUUCUGGCAUCUCCCUUCGGCCAGCAAGAAGGAGAGGAUAGAUGCCUCUGUGAAGCUCAUAUCUGCCCUAGAGCACUUCCAGUCGACAUUCGUGCCAAGGGACUCUCCGGAGUCGUCGGAGGACGAAGACGAGGCUAGGGAUACCAAGAAGUCGGACGGGCUCGACGCGCUGAACGCGCAGGACGUGUCGUACUCUUUGCGGAGGCUGAUACGCGGGUUGGCGAGUCCGCGAGAGAGCAGCAGGCUCGGUUUCGCAGUGGCCCUGACCGAGCUUCUGUCCCGGAUAGACACUGUGACGUGCUCUCAGAUUCUUCAGCUCGUCCUGGACUCGUCUAAAACGCAGGGCUCUAUGACCGGCCAGGAGGAACGCGACGUGCUCUUCGCUCGCUUGUUCGGUCUUACCUCUGUCAUCCGGUCUGGUUUGCUCUUGCGCGACACCACCCUUCCUUCCUCAUCAACCGUUGCCUCGGACUUGGCUAGCUUCAAGGAGGUUCUCGUCCAACUGCUGGCGCUCGGAGAGAAGAAGUCGUGGCUGCGCGAAAGCGCAUGGUGGUCCAUCGGCCUCGCAGUUGACGCUCUCUCCGCAUCAGAGGUCUCUUGGAGAAACGAUGCUGUCGAUGCAACGAUUGCCGCAAUAUACUCGGAGCAUAAAAUCUGGACACCCGAGAAACUGGCACUGACGCUGAAACUCCAGUCGUACCAUCCGUCUCGAGACUGGAAGAGAGUCCUAUCGCCUACAUUCAAGAAUCCAGAUCUCCUCAGCACGGGGAAUCUCGCCGCCGUUGCGCGGAUACUGAAGGAAUCAGACGCGGACGAGGACAAGGAGUCAGAUCUGCCGAAAUCUGGAUCGUGGAAGCCACAGCUUCACUUCGUCUGGGACACGCUCCUGGAUCAGGUUCUGCCCCAGCCCCCAAACGCGAAAGGCACCGUGGAGCGCUCGCCCAAGGGCUUAUUCCCAGAGUUUUUCCGGAUCGUCGUCGAUGAAUCGCUGUUCGCGUCGACCUCUUCCCCCGAGCGGAAGUACUGGGGCUUCCAGGUGUUCCAAAAGGCGCUGCCUCGUGUCAGCGCGGACGACAUGCCCAUGCUGUUCACGAAGAACUUCAUGCGAUCGUGGAUCAACCAUCUGUCGAAUAGCGACCGGUAUCUUCACAAGGCCGCCCGGCAAGUGGCAACAGAUCUCCAGAACGUCGUGAAGGGCAACCCCACUAUAGGAUUUUCGCUGAUCCUCCAGCUCACGGGUGUCCACGGGAGCCGCCAGUUCGACAGGCUAACCAAAACGAAGACGGUUGAGUCGAUACUGACGUCAAUGGACGAAGCCGGGAUACAGAGUUACAUUGAUUACCUGCUCAAGCAGGUGCACGAUGAGCCAUCAGCUUCCGCAGACGCGGAGACAGACAUCCAGGCCGUGAACACGCGUCGCGCGUGGGUGAUCGACCAGCUUGCUGCGCUCGUCCGCAACGGGGCGAUCCCCAAGAGCGAUGCGUGGAUCCAGACGAUCCUCGACUGGCUGGCCGUCCACGGCCUGUUCAUCAUCGCGAAAAAGUCGGAGAAGAGCGCUAUUUCCGCUCUGCGCUCUGUUCCCAGUCCCGCUUUCUCGGAGGAGCUGCGGGGGAAUUGCCGUGAGCGGUUGCUUGCGUGCUUGGCCGACCUGACGGUGCAAACGACUCUCAUCAAAGAGGACACCAAGUCCUCCAAAGUUGCCGCGGUAGCGUCCGAUGGGCGGUUCUGGGUAUCGAGAGUGCUGUCGACCAUCGCAGAGCUCGAGAAGGACGUGAAGCAUGUCAAGCCGCUGUCCGAGGUGGACGAGGAGGAAGCGGAGCAGCGCCAGAAGGCUCGUGAAGUUCUGGCGCGCCUGAAGGACGCGCCCGAAGACCGUCGGGAAGCCGCACGCGGCGUUGAGCUUCUACUUUCAGCGACGCUCUUGCACGCUUAUGGCGCGGAGGUCGAUGACGCCGACACAGAAGUCCUUGAGAACUGCAUCGACGGUGCCUCGCGGAUGUUCCCGGUGGAGGCCAAGAAGGGCAAGAAAGGCCGCAAGUCCGCCGCUGCCGCUGGAGAAGACAAGGGAAAGGAGAAGGAGCAGCCCGAGCCGGUCGACGUGCUCGUCGACACCGUGAUUGGAUUCCUCGAGAAGGGCACGGCGUACGUGCGGGCCGUGGCGAAUCAGGUCUUCGCCCUCCUGGCGGGCUCCGUGCAGGCGAGCACGAUAGAUCUUAUCCUGACCCAAUUGGAGCGCCGCGAUCCGGAUCAGCUCAUGGCCGACGAGGAUGCCAACAUGGAUGACGAGGAAGACGAUGACGAUGACGAGGAAGCCGGCUCAUCGUCCUCGUCUUCACCUGAAGAAGAGGAGGAAGACGAGGAGAACGUUGACGAGGAGGCCGAUAUGGAGCUCAGGCGCAAGAUCGAGGAAGCGCUGCGGGUGAACGGGAUCUCAGCGGCGUCGGAAGACUCCGAGUCCGAAUCGGAGGAAGAGCUGAUGGACGAUGACCAGAUGCUCGCUAUCGACGAGCAAAUCGCCGCCGCAUUCAAGGCGCGUGCCGCCGAGAAGCGACAAGGAAAAGAUGUUGAUGCCCAGAGGGAGGCGACGCACUUCAAGAACCGCGUGUUGGACCUCAUCGACAUCUUCGUAAAGAAGCAGCCUACGAGCCCCUUGAUCGUUCGUCUCAUCUUCCCACUCGUGGAGCUCGUUGUCAGCACAGGCCCCGACGAGAAGCAGCUGUCCGACAAGGCUACCGGUAUCCUCCGCAACCGAAUCGGCAAGUCAAAAGAGGUUCCCCACGGCGUCUCAAAGGAGGAUGCGACGAAGACCCUUGAGGAACUCCACAACCUCGCUAGGAAAGCCUCGACUCCAGACGUGCUUGCGACACUGAACCAGUGCAGUCUGUACCUGUCCAAGGUCUUGCUGCACGCCGAUGACAUUGAGCCUGUUUUGACCGCGUACCGAGAAUCUCUACACGACUUUGUCGCUCGCAAGGCGUCGAAGCUCAGUACGGCGUUCUUUGAUGACUUUGUCAGGAGGCAUCCUCAAGCCGCGUGGAAGAUGCGUGACGAUCUUGUCAAGGCGUCCGGAGACGCCCUGAACGGCUACAGACAAGCACAAGUGUUCCGCCUUGUCCAGACGUUGGUCAACCAGCUGCAAGCUCUCGGUGACACGAAGUCAGAGGUUCUCGCGUUCAUGCCGUCAUUACGCAAGGGUAUUCUCGACACCGUCUCGAAAGCAUGCAGUGACGAGUCAACAUCUCUUCAGCCUGCCCACGUGAAGGACAUCCUCAAGCUCGCCCUCGGCGCCGUCCGCCAGACGAAGCGCUUUACUCAGAGCAGCGACGAGCUAUCUACCAUCUGGCGGCCGUCGAAGUGGACCGAGCUUUCCAACACGCUCGCCUCGAACGAUCAUUUUAAAGCGUCUGUCGGUCUUCAAGCGAUGUGCAAGCAACUCGUUCAGCUUCUACAGGAAAGCGGUACAGCAGUGUCGAAAGCGAAAGCAGCGGACAAGGACAAAACGAACAGCAAGGAGAAAGUAGCGGUUGUAUCAAAGCGGAAGGCAUCAGAUAGAGAUGGGGAUGAGGAUGAGGGAGUCGCUGACGGGGGGAAGAAGGCGAGACACAAAAAGGCGCGGAAGGCCAAGUCUAGUUGACGCGUCGACGUUCAUAUUCAUGUAGGCUGUCCGGUCGUGAGGGAUUCUAGGAGAUCGCGUAACUCCUCUAGAGCUGUUGAGUGAACGAGCGUGUUGAAGCCAGAUUCGGCUACGCAUCGCUGAAUGAGCUGCCCGCACUUGCGUAGCUUCGUCCGUCUAACGCGUUCCUCGAUCAUUUGUCUCAUGUGCAACGCCUUACCUGCUGCGAUCUUGAGAACCGAUUCCGGCAGCCGCGCCAAUCGUGCGCACUCGAUGCCAAAGGACUCCGUGACGAGUCCGGACUCUAGUCGGUACAGAAACGUUACUUCUCUCGAACCAUCGAUCCGCGUUUCCUCGGUGAAGCCCAUGUGCAGGUUCCCAACCUCGGCGGGGAACAAGCGUUCCAGAUCUGCCGCAACUUGUGGAUAGUGCGUGAUGAAAAGCGUCUUGCACUUCACGUUCUGCGCGAGGUGAUGGAGCACGGCGCUGGCGAUGGCCAUCCCGUCGAAUGUAGACGUGCCUCGGCCAAGCUCAUCUAGGACCACGAGCGUCCGAGGCGUAGCCGUCUGGAUGAUAUCGCUCGUUUCCUGCAUCUCCACCAUGAACGUCGAGCGGCCCCUCGCGAGCUCAUCCGACGCUCCCAUUCUGGUGAGUACCCCGUCCAGAAGACUGAGCGUCAUGGACUCUGCGGGGACGUACGAACCAACUUGUGCCAUGAUGGCGCACAACGCAGUCAUCCUCACGGCGGAACUCUUCCCGCCCAUGUUCGGCCCGGUGAUGAUCUUAUGCCUCGUCUCGCCCCCACCCAUCUUCAGGCCGUUAGGGACGAACGGUUCCGCCCUCAGCGCCUCGAUCAUCGGGUGUCUUCCUUGCACGAUCUCCAGCACGUCCUCCUCGCCCUCCUUCCGCUCCACCAACUUCGGGCGACAGUACCCUUCCUGCGCCGCGACCUGUGCGAGGCUGAAGAGGCAGUCCGCCACCGCGAGCUUGUUCACGGCGUCCCGAAGGAGCGCGUAAUCCUUGUCGACUAUCUCGGCCAGGAAAGAGAGGUACGCCCUGUGCGCCUCCAGCACGAGGGCCUCCUUGAACUGGGCGCGCUCCUGGAGCUUGGCGCGGACUUGUGGUGUGUGGUACCGCCGGAAGUACUUGGUGCUGGAGAGGAGCGUCCAGUUGGCGGGGAUGUCGCGGCGCUCGUCUUUGCGAAUCUCAACAACGUACUCCUCCCCGUUCCAGUCGGUGUACUUGAGCGCGGGUUUCUGGACGACCUUCCGAAUGUUCUUGAGCUCAUCCAUCAGCUCGGUCUCGACGAUCUGGAUUGACGUAUUCAACUCCUCCAGCGCCGGAAACCUAUCCCGGUUCGUCCACAUCGAAUGCUCGAUCCCCUCAGACGCAGACUCGAACCUGACGGCCUCGCACAGCUCGUUCACCGGAUCCCUCAGCUUCGGCAGCGCCUCCAAGACGUCCGCCAGCAGCCUCGACUUCAGCUGCGAUCCCUGAGAGGCCUGGCUGGGGUGGGGCGCGAAGAACGCCGUCCCGGCCUUCUUGAACGCCUUGAGGAGCGUGACGAGCUCUUGCGGGGUGCACUUGCCGUACUGGAUGCGGCAGAGGCCUCGCGCGAGGUCGGGCAGGCGGCGGAGGAGCUCGCGGAGCUGGGUCAGCUUGGGAGACUUAUUGGCGAGGAUCUCUUCGACCGCUUCGGUGCGCUCGCGAAGCGCGUGAGGGUCGACGAGCGGGCGGCCGACCCAGCUUCGCAGCAUGCGCGCGCCGAACUUCGUCGAUGUUCGGUCUAGCAUCCACAUCAACGAGCCUUUCGUACUGUAGUCUGUGUCAUUACGGUAUAUCUCUAGAUUCGUGAGUGUGUUUGCAUUGAGUAGCAUGUGCGUCCGCUCCGUGAACUUCGCGAAGAACCGUGUCUCUCGCAGAGCAUCCGCGACGUUGAACGUGAUCAGGUAUUUGAGCGACUGAGCGAGGGCUGCCACUACGAGCUUCGGAAAGCCUGUGACUGCUGCCAUCAGGUCCCCCUUGUUGAAGCUCUCCGAUGCGUUCGCGUGCUUCUCGGUGUAGAAUUUGGACAACGCUGCGAAAGCGUCUGUGUAAGCCAACUGCUUGUUGAAUCGCUCUAUACGCAUGCGAUGCUCCGUGUGCGAAUGUUCGGUAAAGUGCUUGAUCAUCUUCUCCGUCGCAGAGCUGAGAUCCUUAAUGGGUAGCAGAAGCUCGUACGGCUUCGUAUGGACAAGUCUCGUCUCCAACUCGAUGCGCAUGUGAUUGUCCUCAAACUCGUCCCAUACGACGUCUCCGGUACUGGGGGAUAUCGCGACCAUAGCGACGUUCACGCGCUCGUCGGUACCCAUCCCGCCUCGCGGUUCUUCCAAUAUACACAUGAGCGGUGGUGCGGAGUUGGGGUCCAGCUCGUCGACCGUAUUUAGGUCGUCUACAUACGUAGCAGCUGUAUAGAGGUGUGUGACUUCGCGAGCGAAGAGCUCGUUGCGGCUGUCGCCGAUUUUCUUGAGGGCCGCGGUCUCGGUCUGUUCGACAAUUCCAACUUUGUAGCCUUGAGAUAGCAACUUCUUGAGAUGAACGUCUCGCCUGUGCAAAGGGAUCAUCGCCGUCAAGAGGUUGCGUUUCGGGAAGCAAACCAUGCCCAACUCCUUGGAAGCGAUCUUAGCGUCAUCCUCGAAGAAAAGCAUCUUGUACCCAGACUGAAUCAUGAGGACAGUACCGGGAUGCUUCGCCUUCAAAUCUCGCACUUGAAGUUCAAACGGAGUAUACGCCUGGCCACUCGGGCCAAUCUCAUCCACCUUCUGAGUUCUUGACCGACUUGGUCCAGCCACGGGUGCAGCCUUCUUGGCCGCACCCUUGCCUUUUCUCGCCUUCGAGUUGGAGCUGGAAAACAUUUCCAUGAGCUCACCAAACAUCUUUUCCGCCUCGUCGCCCUCAUCGGCAGACCGCUCUUCGUCAUGUUCUGCGGGGCCAUCCCCGUCCGGCGCUGGCGUGGCUGCUCCGGAACUCGAGCGGUGUGCGAACACAUUAUCCCUUCCAAGCAGUAUCUUCUUGGCUCUUUCAUGCGCGCUACGCUGCUUCUCGCCCUCUACGGGUUGUAAAGCCUUGCUGUGAGAGGCAGGGUCAAAACGCCAUUGCUCAGCGUGUCCGCCCCUUCGGAGUGGCUGGGUGGCUGAUUUCGGCGAGGGCGGGACACUCUUUCUGGGAGUAAAGAACGCGCUGGUGGUCUUCUGUCGCUUAGGCGGAGGUGACUGCCCCCCGUUGUCGGAGUCAAGUGUAAG